AUGGCUUUGUUCAGUGAACCCGAUGGCCAAGAUUGGCCUCAGAUCUGCCAACUGCUUCUCGCAGUCGGCCUCUCCGCUCUCAUAGGGAUUGAGCGCCAGUUACGACAAAAAGCCGCGGGACUGCGCACCAAUACUUUGGUCGGAAUGGGGUCAGCCUUGUUUAUGCUGGUAUCCAAGUAUGGCUUCAUGGACGUCCUGUCCCGAUAUCGCGUCGUCGUGGAUCCAUCGCGAAUCGCAGCCCAGGUUGUUUCGGGGAUCGGCUUUAUCGGAGGCGGUAUUAUUUUCAAGCAGCAAAGCGAUGUUCGAGGCUUGACGACUGCUGCAGCUGUCUGGCUGACUGCCGCCGUAGGGUCCGCCUGUGGAGCUGGCUUGCCGAUUCUAGCUUGCAUUGCGACAGGAUUAUAUUUUGUCACCGUUCUCGUUCUUCCUGUCGCCUGGACCUAUGCUAGAAGAUUGCGGACCACAGACAAUGCCGUGGAAGCGUUGAUUACGAUCCGAUACCGCAGUACCGACACUGGACUGGAACCAAUCCUCGAAGGAGUCUUGAAAGCCGAAGCUGAGACGGUGAAUGUCAGGCGAAUAGAGGAAAUCGUACUUUCCACGCUUCAGAGCCCGGCUAUUGCUGCCAACAUGGACCGUCAAUCGACGCGACAAUCUGCACCCACAGAGUCCCCACUUCCACCGCCCAUGGCAGCCUAUGGACAUGGUCGGAUUUUUGAUGUGCAGCUUCUUGUAACAGGGCACAAGUCUCCAAAUGAGGUGGCCUGCUUCCUGUCUCAGUUAUCCACUGUUAUUGGUGUAGUAAUCCACGAUGAACCAACGGAUGAGGUUUAA